AUGCUGGAGUCGACCUACAGGGCCUUCUUCGACCUGCAAGGAGUCCAGCUCCGUCCCGCCCCGGAUGCAGUCAUGACGACCCAUGAGGCUCGAGUGGUAGAGAGCGCACCGGAACGGUCCGGGAAUACCAUGGAGCCGGCGGCACAGAACAGAUCCGAAGCGGUAGAGGGACAGAGAGACGUACCUGCCGCAAACCGGGACGCAAAUCCAAGAGUGGGGGAAAUUUCAUAUUCCCGCCGACCUGCACCAGGGGGUGCACUACUGAGUGGCCCGACAUCAAGGUCAGCCCGUGCGGACGAGCGUGCUAGGUCUGGAGUUAGGCAGCUCAGGUUUGCUGAUCGGGUUAGGAGGCCGCCGGAACGCGAAGCACGGACGGAGAUCGACUUGGCAAGUGUAGCAGAUGAAGGCGAGGAGGGUGUAGAAGAUCCACAACUGCCAAGUCAGGUAGAACAGGCAGAGGAGCAGUGGAGGAAGGCGGCUGAUGAUAAGCGGAUGGGCGAAGCAGAAGCCAAGAGGAGACGGGCUGAAGAGAUGCAACGGCGCAGUGAUGGCGACACCGAUCCUACCGUCUCUUUCCCGGGAACUGGAGACAUACGUGAAGCAUGGGAGCGUGGGGCACGAGCCGCUGCAAGGGCACACGUGGGAGAGGCAGGAGAGGAGCUCGCCAGUAAUGCGCGGCAGCAUAUCGAGGAGGAUAGGGGAUACGUGGAAGUUCGCUUGCCCAGCGUAAAGCGGAAGGCGGCAGAAGAGGCCCGGAGAGGGGACGUCGACGUGGCAGAGAAUUCGGGAGAGGCGAAAAGGAAGGCGCAGAGCAACGCGGGUGCAAAGGCUCAUAAGAUGGCGGAGGUAGAGGUGGACCAGAAUGCAGAGGAUGCGGCCCAUCGGUUCGUCGAUGCAGAGGCGGCACUUACGGCAGAGGACGGGACGCCAAAGGAAGCAGAAGCUGCGGCGCAGCAGAAGGUGGGUGCAGAGGCGGUCAUGAGUGCAGAGGCAGUCGCGCGUAAAGAAGCGGGUGCAACAGCAGAGCUGACGUCGGAGGCAGUCGAGCUGCAGGUGGUGGAGGCAGUGGCGCAGAAGGAAUCAGAGGCAACGGCGAGCCAGAAGGAUGAGGCAGCGGCACAGCAGAAGGAGGAGGGUGCGGCGCCGAAGAUGGUUGAGGCAGAGGCGCAGAAAGAAUCUGAUGCAGCGGCGCAGCAGAAGGAGGAGGGUGCGGCGCCGAAAAUGGUUGAGGCAGAGGCGCAGAAGGAAUCUGAUGCAGCGGCGCAGCAGAAGGAGGGUGCGGCGCCGAAAAUGGUUGAGGCAGAGGCGCAGAAGGAAUCUGAUGCAGCGGCGCAGCAGAAGGAGGGUGCGGCGCCGAAGAUGGUUGAGGCAGAGGCGCAGAAGGAAUCUGAUGCAACGGCGCAGCAGAAGGAGGAGGGUGCGGCGCCGAAAAUGGUUGAGGCAGAGGCGCAGAAGGAAUCUGAGGCAGCCGCGCGGCAGAAGGCGGAGGCAGAGGAGCAGAAACAGGCUGCGGAAGAGGCACUACAACUGGCUCGGGCAGAAGCGCGGAAGAAGGCUGUUGUAGAGGCGCGGCAGAAGGCGGAGGGUGAGGCGCAGAAGAUGCUAGAGGCCGAGGAGCAGAAGCAGGCUGAGGCUGACGGACGUAGGAAGCCAGAUGGAGAGGAGGGUUCAGAUGGGAAUAAAAUGAUACUAACAGAGGGACGGGAGACGGCGGGUGCUGAGGGGCACAUCAACGCAGAGGAAGAGGGGCAGCACGACAAGGAGGCAGCAUCGCAGGUAUUCGCAUACCGAGAGACGCAGAGCAUGGCAGAGACAGAGCGUCAAAAUACUAUGGAGGAGGUUCGUGUGGUCCCGGAGGCUGGAGUGGGGCACUACGAGGGAGAUGCGCUGGAAACAGAAGAGGAGCAGAAUGAGGAGGAUACGGUACAUCCGGCAGUCCGGAUAUUUUUGGGUUUAAGUCCGACGCGGGGACCAGGAACCGGGGUAGAGAGGCCAUGGAGGGUGGCAGAUGAUGGGGCGCCUAGGGAUACAGUGGAUCUCAACAGGCAGAGGCGGCCUACCCUUCACCAGAGAACAGUGGAGAAGAAUCUCGGCCAAGGCGGGGUGGCAGAAGCGUUUUGGCAGGUAGAGUGGGUCGAGGCAGAGACGGCAAUACGGCGGAUGCUGCAUCGGACGAGUACAGUCCUGGUCGAACAAGGUGACAGGUUCGUCGAGGCCGAAAGCUGGGACAUAAGCCCGGCAGAAGUAACACGUCGUCUCACGCUCUUAGCCCGAAUGGUGACGCAGACGUUCUGCAACUUGGCGACCCGCAACAGCAGCAUCAGUCGCGACGUGGCCGAUCUGACCGUCCAUUACUGCCGCGACGCCCUGGCCAACCUGGAAGAAGUCCGCCAUGGAAACGAGGAACGGCGGCGCCAAGCUGAAACGGCGACCAGGUUUCGCGAGCAGGUGGACACGAGACUCUCCAACUUGCAAGAGAGUAUCAUAAGGGUGAGUGAUCAGGUUCGCCAGUCGGGAGGGGGGAUGGCGGAGGGCACGUUAAAGGGGGUGGAAGAGAGGUUGAGAGAGGUUCUGAGAGAAGACUCUGAGCAGCGGAACAGGGAUAGACUGCAGGACGAGGAGCGGAGGCAGAAGGCCACGAGGAAGGAAGCAGACGCCGCAGAGAGACGGAAGAAGGAACGACAGCAGGAGGAAGAGCGUCGGCAGAAGGAGAUGAGAGAGGGAAUGAAGGAGAUGAAGGAGGCGAUGAUGAAGGAGAUGAAGGCAGAAAUGAAGGAGAUGAAGGAUGGGAUGGUAAACCAGAUUGUGGGGAGGUUGAGCGCGGUUUUGAGAGAAGAAUCCGAGCGGCAGAAGAAGGCGAGGCAAGAGGACGCGGUGCGGCGACAACAGCAGGACGCGAAGAGGAAACAAGUAGCGGACGACGAGGAGAGACAGAAGAAGAAACAACUGGACGAGCAAUGGCGGAAGGAGGAGGAGGAGAAGAGGAAGGAUGUAGAGGCCACAGAGCGGCGGAGGAAGAAGAAACAUCAGGAGGAAGAGCGAUGGCAGAAGGAGGUGGAGGCGGGAAUGAAGGAGGUAAUGGAGGCUAUGAAGGAGAUGAAGACGGGGAUGAAGGGGUGGAAGGAGGGGAUGCUAAGUGAGGUGGAAAAGCGGCUGUCAGUAGUUCUGAGAUUGGACGCAGAGCGGCGGCAAAAGGAGGAGCAGGGUAGGAAGGCAACGAAGGGAGAUCGGCCACAGAAGGAGGAUGCGCAGAGGAAGGAGGCUGAGAAGGACGAUCGGGAGGAAAGGGAGAAACAACAGGAGAAGGAGCACCGGCAAAAUGAGGAGGCGCAGAGGAAGGAGGCAGAGGAAGGAGAGCGGGUGGAGAGGGCGAAACAGCAGGAGAUGGCGCGCCUGCAGAAGGAGGAGAGGCAGAGGAAGGAGGCAGAGGAGGUAGAGCGGCAUCAGAGGGCGAAACAGCAGGAAUUGGACCGCCUGCAGAAGGAGCAGGAGCAGAAGAAGGAGGCAGAGGAGGCCGAGCGGCGGCAGCGGGCGAAAGAGCAGGAGAUGGAGCGCAUGCAGAAGGAGGAGGCGCAGAAGAAGGAGGAAGAGGAGGCCGAGCGGCAGCAGCGGGCGAAACAGCAGGAGAUGGAGCGCCUGCAGAAGGAGGAGGCGCAGAAGAAGGAGGCAAAGGAGGCCGAGCGGCGUCAGCGAGCGAAACAGCAGGAGAUGGAGCGCCUGCAGAAGGAGGAGGCGCAGAAGAAGGAGGUAGAGGAGGCCGAGCGGCGGCAGAGGGCGAAACAGCAGGAGAUGGAGCGCCUGCAGAAGGCGGAGCAGUGCCGAGCAGAGAAGAGGGCCAGACUUGCAUCCUUCGCGGAACAGCAGCGGCAACUGGAGGCAAAGGCAAAGGCGAUGGUUGAAGAGACGGAACGAUUGGCAAGGGAGAUGGAAGAGGAGGAUUUGACCAUGCAUGGGGAGGGGACCUGGAAGGGAGUCGAGGAGGAAAUAGCUGAGGGCCUGGGGAGUUUGCUGUUGAUUGAGAGCGGGGAGGCAAAUGUAGCAGAGGGCGUGGCUAUUGUUCCCGAACAGAACGUAGAGGAGUUGAUACCGAUAAUCCAAGGGGAAAAGAAGGGGAUGAAGAUCGACAAGUGUGACAACAGGAAAAACGCCGUAGUGGACGACAAGGGUAAGACUUUGGGUGUCUGCCUGCCGUUCAAGGGAAGCGGGUUCUCUCAACGGGGCGAGGGAGCUUUGCAGAAGUGGACGUCUGAGCAGACCGUCGGCGGCCGGAAGCGGAACCUCGGCUCUGACAAAACGGUGUGGGAGAGGGCAUACACGGUCGCAGUCUGCUGGAAGUUCUACUUCCCGGAUAUUGACAUGCAGGCAUACGGCAUGAAUCCAAACCGUAUUAACAAGUGGCGGGAAGACCUCGACUUCACAACGCGGCUUCCAAAAGGGGUGUGGAGCCUCAUCAACGAACUCCACCUGGACAAACCGGACGGAUUCUCACUCGUUCAAACCAACACGGCUCUUCGGCAGCAGCAGGGGGAUGGCUUUCAGGUUGCUGCCUGCGCUGGUGUCAGAAUAACUGCGUGGCAGAAGAUGGUGGGAGGCGUGGAGGGUGAAAACGGCUAUUCGACGGAAGAACACGCAGUCGGACUUGCCGCCACGUUGUCUGUAAUGUGGGCCGCAUCCACGAAUGUGGACCAGACCCAGUGGGAGACGGGCGCAACAACAGCUGCACGUGGAACUUCUACUGCCAUAGCAUCUUCUGCUGCCAGAUCGUCCACUGCUGCCACGGCCUCGUCGGCUGCCUCGUCAUCUUCUGCGGCCGAUGUGUCCUCUGCCGUCCUCGAUGCCCUUGCCACGCUUGCAGCCUCGGUUGCGUGCGUUGCGGUUGAGGCGAUGCGGUCGGUCAAGGAUCAGGAGCAUGACAAGGAAGCUUGGAUUCUUCCCCUAUCGAAUGCGCUGCUGAAAGCACUUCCGGCAGAGUCGCGAGCGGCCGGGGAUACGAAGCGGAUGACGAGGGUGGUGGCAAAGGUGGUGACCUCUUGGUGCCUAUGCAGCAUGGCAUCAAGAGGCCUUCGCCAGCACCAGGGCGUCUGCCUCGGAGUGCUGCAGAAGAAGUUGGGCAGCCGGGAUACCACAACAGGGGCGGAUAAGGAGAAGAAAACCAAGAAAUCGUCCGCGAAAAAGAACGCGACGAAGGAGGCGUCGACGAUGGAGAACACCGGCGCUGGCGGCCAGGAGUGA